AUAUCGAAAGUGUGCGUAUUGGUAGUUGGUCGUCUGCUCUUAUUUGAUAAAUUCCGUACAUCUGUAUGAUGAAUCUUUUGUUUGAAGAGAUUGGAAUUUGCGUGAGAAUUGGCAACUAGACAGUUGUUUUAAGUAUUGGUAACACUUAUACAGAAUGCACAUCCAAAAGGCGUCUGUGUGUUUUUUAGUUUCUCGUAUUAUCGCUACUUCCUCACUGUUCAUUGAGCAUUUCGCCAACUUCUGGUCAAGGUUGUGAUUCAUGUAAUGUCUUUGAUAACGUCAAGCUUGACAACGGCAAACAAUAACUUUGGUUUGUAGUGCAUUCGGCCAAACAUGGCCGCACAGAAGCCGAUAGAGCAGAAUAACUUGGAAAUUAAAACUAAAAGCAUCGAACAGACUCUAAUCCCGCUAGUGAAACAGAUCUCGACGCUGGUGGCGCACCGGGAGCGCGACCGAGAGCGGCCGCUAUGCUCGGAGCGCAGCGUGCGGGCCGUGGCGCGCGUCGGCCAGGCCGUGAACCUGGCUGUCGAGCGCUUCGUCACCGUCGGCGAGACCAUCGCUGACGACAACCCCGACAUCAAGGCCGACAUGUACGACGCCUGCAAGGAGGCGCGCGCCGCCGGAGCGGCGAUCGAGAAGCUGUGCGAGGCGGCGGUGUUGGAGGACUCGCUGGCGGACCGCGGCGCCGUGGUGCGGGCGGCGCGCGGGCUGCUGGCGUCGGUGACCAGGGUGCUGCUGCUGGCCGAUGUGGUGGUGGUCAAGCAGCUGCUGCUCGCCAAGGACAAGGUGGCGCGCAGCCUCGGCCGCCUCGAGGGCGUCACCAACUUCACAGAGUUCGUCAAGGCGUUCAGCCAGUUCGGCGCCGAGAUGGUGGAGCUGGCGCACCUCACCGGCGACCGCCAGAACGACCUCAAGGACGAGAGGCGGCGCGCGCAGAUGGCGGCCGCGCGCCAGGUGCUCGAGCGCUCCACCAUGAUGCUGCUCACCUCUUCCAAGGCGUGCCUCCGGCACCCCGACUGCCCUUCGGCGCGCGAGAACCGCGACACCGUCUUCUGCCAGAUGCGCCGCGCCAUGGACCUCAUCCACUACGUCGUCAAGGACGGCGUGCUGGACUCGGCGGCGCAGCUGGCGCGGGCCGGCGCAGCCGCCUCCGGCGCCUCGCCCGUCGGGCCACCCGUGCCCUCCGAGGAGGACUGGGAUGCUAGUCGAACUGUGUCUGGUGCGCUAAAACACUUUGAGGACCUGGUGGAGAUGACGCGACUGACACUGCUUGGACCUGGCUGCAAGGAGCGCCUUACAGCGGCACUCGAUGCAGUCGUGGAACGUACGCAAGACUUCACGGACUCGGCGUACACCAGUCACGAGCAUCGUGAGAGCAUCCUCUUACUCUGUGAUCGGGCGAAACUUGAGCUCAACCAGCUGUUACGUGUUGGUGUCAGUCUGGAACAAUGUGAAGGCAGUUCACCUACAAGUGAAAUGGAGAGUGCAGUAUGUGGGGCAAUUCGUGCUGCACGUGACAUGGGACACCAGUUGCGACAGACAACUCUGGAACAAGCAGCAGAACUGCCAGCUGCACUACGGGGUGCACACGACACAGUUGCAGCGAUACGCAAUGCUGCUCUUGCAGCUGAUGCUGACCGCCUGCAAGAUUGCUCUGAUCGCUUCACUGAAUGCCUUGACCACAUUCUUGAGGUGUGCAAGCUUCUCAGACAUAUAGCAGUUACCGACACUCUUCAAGUUUCUGCCAAAUACACAGAAAUUAAUUUGAGGAUAUAUGGACCACAAGUUAUAACAGCUGCUCACACUUUAUCUUUGCAUCCAACAUCAAAAAUAGCAAAGGAAAAUCUUGAAGUGUUUGCAGAUAUGUGGCAGGCUUUAGCAUCGGAUGUCCAGACUGUUUCAAAAGAAAUUGUGGAGCAGUGCCAGGGGCGACAAUCUGGAAAACAGGUGUACAUGUCCUUACCAAGACCAGGGAAACAUGGUACAACCAGCAAACCAUUAAAACCUGUGAGGUUAGAUUCAGAGGAACAGGCCAAGAUAGCAAAAACUGGUUUGGAAAUGAAACUCAUAUCAUCGGAGAUGGAUGCUGAGACAGACAAGUGGCAGGAAAGUGGAUCAGCACUGGAAGAGAACAACGACAUUGUGAAGCGUGCCAAAAAUAUGUCUUCCAUGGCAUUUUCCAUGUAUCAGUUCACAAGAGGUGAAGGAGCGUUAAAGACAACACAAGACCUCUUUACACAGGCAGAAUACUUUGCUGAGGAGGCAAAUCGCUUGUAUAAAGUUGUAAGACAGUUUUCAUACCAGGUUCCAGGUGGUCCUCAUAAGAAGGAACUGCUUGAAAAUUUAGACAAGGUACCAACCUAUGUGCAGCAGCUUCAGUUCACGGUGAAAAACCCAACUGUGGGCAAAGCUGCUACGUUCACAAAGGUUGAUAAUGUUAUCCAAGAAACAAAAAGUCUUAUGGACUGCAUUUCUAAAGUGGUGACAACUUGCUUUGUUUGUGCCACAAAGUACAACUUGGAUUUCCGAGGCCUGUCUUCCCGUGGCACAUCCGGGUCUCCAUUCCGCGACGAGGAUGGGACAGGGGCCGGAGCUGGGGGUGAGGGAGGCAAGAUGGGUGGUGCCCCUGGCUCCGAUCCCUCCAUCUGACAGUUCGGGAUGGCCCGAAGGGCCAAGGGCGACGCGCGCCGUACCAGGGUGUCUUUCCUUUUGUUCUGAGGCCCUGCUGCGGCCUGCCGAGGAAAUCAGCAGGCAGUACAUAAGAGAGGCUGAGACUGGAGCCUGCUGCCAGCACUGCUCCUUCAGAUGAAAUACUAAGCCAGCUGAUAUUAUCAAAUUGCCAAUUCUUGGCAAGCACUUGUAGAUGUUGCUAACAUAUGAGACUAUGGAGAACAUUUGUUUCUGUGGGCUUACAUCAUGAUAAGAGACAAAAAUGUAUAUGUUACAUUCUCAGGUUUUGGCAUUUGACAUCUUCCAUUAAAGGCAGAAACUAUCUCUCUGCCUUUGAUAUAGUGUUUGGUAUCACCCCUGAAACUUGUAUACUUUUUUAUGCAAGGAUGACUUCAUUUGCUUAUGUUUUUGAUAAGCAUGCCUUCUGUACCUUUGUGUUUCCCCCAACGCCCAUCCCUAUCCGUAUCCCAUACCUCUAGUUCUAGUUCUUUUAAGGGAAUCUCCAAUUAAAUUUGUGUGUGAGUUCUUACUUUGUUGUUCUUUUUGCCCAGUAGAGAGAGAUUUUUUUGUACAAAUUACAUGAGUCAUCUGUGAUAAGUCUCCUCUUCUAUAAAUUUCAGUAUUGUUAAUGAAUACCCGCAAUAAAUAGGUUUCAUUUUCACCGUGUUAUCUGUUGACCAUUACAUAGUUUGUAACUGUGAUUAUUAUGUCUUAUUAUUUAAAUGUUGUAAAUGUAUUUUUAUACUAGACCAGUGUUUAAUCAUAUAUUGUGCUACACCAUCAUAUAUUUGGUGUGGUGACCUGUUCCUAAACAUCAAAUAACAUUAAGUGAAAAAUAAAAGACUAGGAGUUUUGUCUUCAUUGAAUGAGAUUUACAUUGCUAUAGGGAACUUCACAAAGUGUGCAGUGAGGUUAUUUGACUGAAUUGUAAGUGAAUUGUACAGUUGUUUUUAGACUGUUGUAAUCCAGUUAUUGUAUGAGUAUUCAAUUAUAUAUAUGCAUUGUAUUUAUACGUUAUAGCUAGUAAUGCGCUCCUUGUGGUAAUGCUUUAUUACUCAUGUGAGUGCAUUUCAUCCUUUGCAGUAUUUCUCUUACCUGUGUAUGCAACAAAACGAAAAAGAAAACUAGCAGUAAAGCAAUAAAUGAUCUCCAGCACACAUUUGCUAGUCAGACUGCAAGUGUAAGGCAAUGCAAUAAGAUCAGUAAAUCAUUAUAUAACAAUGGAAAGGCAGUACCAGUGUGAGGAAAUGAAGUAGUCUCACAAGCAUGUUAGUUCAUCUGGCUGUUACAUGAUGGACAAUGAUGUUAAGUAUUACUUCUACAUGAUACCUUGCAGAGGCUGUUUUAGGUUUAAGAAAGCAUGAGCUUCUUAACAUUCCACUUGUGCAGCAGCAGGAUGUGAAGGUGCUGUUGUUCGUUAUUUGAUAUUGUGUGCUGAUAUGGAGAGGAACCAAGCAUUUUCAUGUGUCUCUGUGAAUAUCAGCUGACAAAAGUUAUAACUGUGCCUGCAAACUAUGACAUUUUUGUGUGGGAGAUUUAUUUGAAUUUAUAAAAAAAAUUUCUCAAUUUAUACACAACCACAAUAGCUUUAACUGUAGCAAGCUGUCAGUGUCAGCAUUAAAUUGUUUUUACAUAUCAGGUGAGGAAGUCAUCUACAAUCUUGUGUACCCUUGUGGUAUUCAUAACAGUAAUUAGCUAACCAGUGAAGUAUAAACAUGAUGCCUUAAAGACAAUAAAUAGCUGUGCACUUAGGAGUGAGUGUUGUGCACUAGAUAACAGUGUGUUGACAUACAAAUUGUUUAGAGACACAGGCUAUGCCAACAGAAUUAGUUCAGGAAUAUGAACAUCCACUACUGCUAUAAUUAUUACUACCACCACCACCAGCAUCAUAAUUAAUUUAUAGGUAAAAAUUCUCUUUUGUGUGAACUAAUGCAUUAUGAGGGCUUCAAAAGAAAAAUUUAUGUUGCAAUUUUUACUGUAAUUUGUGUAGUUUUGUCAAACACACCCCUCAUUACAAAUCUGCAGGAUAGUAUUAACCACACUUUUCGUUCUUAUGGCUAUGUUUGGCUGUUUUAUCAUGGCUCAAUGCUCUUGUUUCUAUAUUCAUUACUUCUAUCUGUUGCAUCCUUAUUUUUCAUGCCGUAAUGUUGGGUAAUCAAUGGUGGCUAAAUACACAUCUGUUGUCAUGUCCAUUUAUUUGAAUUUGAAAACAAUAUACUAACUACUACUGUGAGGUACGUUUGGACAUAUCAGCUAGUCUGGCAUACAUAUUCAACAGUGGAAUGAAAACACAUAGGUUUUACUAACAACUAUACAAAUCGAACAGAAACAUUGAGUUUGCACAGUUUCUCACUGGAUGUAAAUUUUUUAUUUAGUUAGCUGUUAAUACUUAUAGUUAGCAUCAUGUUUUUUAUGGAAUUUCCCUUUAAAUGACUGACUACUGUUUCCUACAUCAUCUGAAUGAGAAACCAGUCAAUCAGAUUAUCAUUUCACAUAACAAAAAACCUAUUAGGUAUAGGUAUUUAAUUUACUUUCAUAGAAAUUAACGACUUGCAUUUCUCAUAUCAUAUAUUUUUUUCUGUCUAACCAAAAUGUGGUAAUAUAGUAUAUGGAGAUGUACAGUACUGUGUAUAUGAUUAGUUUGUGUGUCCUCAAUGAAGAUUAACAAAACUGUAGUAACAAAAGAGAAAAUUAUUAUUUUAAGAAUGUAGGAAAAGACAGAUUGCUACCUACCGUAAGGAAGACACGUCAAGUUGCAGACAGGCACAAUUAAAAGACAAUUAUAUAAAGCUUUUUGCCACAGCCUUCAUCAAUAAAGGGAGACACACACCAUUCAUACACACAAUCUGGCAUAUCUCUUGCACACACAGCCACUAACUCCAGCAUUCAGCCCGAUGCUUGACUUGGCGAUCAUAUGUGUGUGAGGUGUGCCUGCUUGUGUGUAUAAAUGGCGUGUGUCUCUCUUUACUAAUGAAGGCUGUGGCUGAAAGCUUUACAUAAGUUUAUUUUAAUUGUCCCUGUCUAUAACUUGUGUCAUCUUUACAGUAGGUAGCGAUCUAUCUUUUGCUACAUUGUUGAUAUUCCUGCCUGGUGUUUCCAUUGUUUGAAAUUGUUAUUUUAGUCAUUCUGCAGGUUGAGCACAUUGUGUAGCGAGUAUGCAUCAAAACUACUCUUUCUUACUCAAGUAAUGAAAUUGACAGAACAAAAAUUUAAGAUAUUACCCCAUUUCUUCAUAACAAGAGGGAAAUGAGGUUCACAAUGUUUCUGUUACAUCCUGGGUGUACUAGGCUACUGGUGUCUGGACAUGAAAGAUCAGUGUCAUUCUGGAUUUUGAUGAGUGGUUUUCAUCUGUAAUAUGUAAUUCAUUGUAAUACCUUGGUGUUUUAACACUAAAUUUUCUUAAGGAACCUAAUUCAUCUUUAAUCUGUUUUGGAAAUAUGUACAAUUGUAUGCAUUGAUAGAAUAUUGUAUUUUAUUUUUAAUACAGUCUGCAUGGCUGUUAUUUCAUUGUCAUAGAGCUGUUUGUGAAGUUAUUCCAUAUGUUUUUCUUUUCUUAAUGUAGAUUGCAGUUUGGAUGAUAUAGUUAAGAUUCUGUACCUAACAUUUCUAAUAACAAGCCAGAAAAUAAUGAAUAAAAAUCAAGGACAGGCAACUAGUCAUCUGUUGGUCAAUUGUGUGGCAAAUAAGCAUACUUUAAAGAAUGAGAAAAAACACACAAUACUCACAAAUACUUCUUUUGCAGAAGUAAGUGUGCAUGUUGAUGGUGAGGAGGGGGGAGGGUAGGGCCUUGUUUACACUAUAACAAGGAAGACUCAAAAGUUUGUAAGUUUUUUUAGUGCGCCCUUGUACAGCUGGUCAUUCAUCAGCAGCUGAGUAUUGUUUGAUCUCAAUUUUUUUGUGUAUAGCUUUUUAAAUUGGUCCUUACAGUGAGAUUCAUUUCUCUCACUUAAAAAUUUCGUCUUCUUUUGUUUACGGUAUCCCAAAGAAAUAAGUCCAUAGCUACAAAUAGUGUAAAUACAAGACAUACUAAUCACAAAAAUGUUUAUAUUUGCAUUGGUACAACUCUAAUAUGACCAUCUCAAUAUAAAGAACCACCGACCCUUUUUUCCAAAAAACAACUGUCUGAUAUUAAAUUUAUGGGAGUUACCAAGUAUCCUUAAUUUAGCAGACAUAAGAUAUUCUUAAUACCUGUAGCAUAUGCUUUAUACAGCCGGUUAUAUUCAAUGCCUCAAGUACAAUCUUUGUAAUUCUAGUAUGACUAGUAUUGUACAUUUAUCAGUUUACAGAGACGGUUAUGUUCAUUUAAAUAGUUAAUUAGUCCAUCUUUUACUUUAACUACAAAUAUUUUUGUCACGCAUUACCCUUAAUGUUAUUGAUAUCAGAUGAAAAUGUUUGUGAUAAUAGUAAACAUAUUGUUUCAUUUGCCGUAUUUCAACACUGAUUCUAUUAUUUUGUACAAUGAUGAUGACAGAAUUAAAUUUUCUGUGACUUCAACACUAUAUUUCACGAGUAAAAAUGAGACCAUAUUUGCACGCUGUAGGUAACAUCAGCUCAUCGUUAUAUCUCUAAAUAAUCUUUCAUGCUAUCUAUUGAUUAAUUCACCCAGCACACAGACUGUCCACACAGCCAGGUUAAUGAUCUUUAUUUUUUUAUUGCUGUACUAACUUUUGACAAGUCAUAAUGAGCUCUUGUUUGCUGCUUUAUUUUUUCUAGGUGUUGUGUCUGUAUGUGGAACUUUUUGGAACUCUGUUGCAGUACUACAGAUUAACUUCAGUGAACCAGACAUGGUUCUAUCCUUGUUUUGAUAUAUUUUUUUGUUAUAAUUUAAUUCUCCUUUCUUGUUUCCAUCAUUACAUUCCAGAUAUUUUUGUUGUUUUCUGAAUUAUAAAUGUUUGUAUUGUUUAGUUAUUUUCUUCUUUAUAUUUUUGUUUAAUUUUGAUAAAACUUUAGGAUUUAUAAAUGAUAUGAACAGUUUUUUAUUCAACUGAAAACAGAACAUUAAAAAAAAAGCCUUUUGAAAAUUUGUACUUAAGAAAUUUGUCAUUCACUUCUUCAUGCUUAUGUGUCCUCCCAGCUUUAUUCUGAUGCUCUUGUGACAGUAUUACACAUUUUGGAUUUUUAAAAAAUUAUUUUGCAAACCUUGAUUUUAGUAGGCUCUUUUGAAUAUAAUUUCAACUUUAUAACUUGACUGUAGUAACUUUUGCACAUAUGGCACUAUUAUUGUUGUCUAUAUUUAGAUAACACCAUAGUUUUAGUGCUGUUUUUGCAGUGUUCACCAGUUACGAUAUGCCAUGAGUGCAAAAAAAUAUAGUACUGACUGAAUCAGUAAUUCUCUGUGAUAACAUCUCAAGAUAAAACAUUUUUCAGAGAAUUUGUUGACAGAGUUAGUUAAUUUAGUGAAAAAUGUUUUUAUAUUUCAUAGAAACAUAAUAAAUUAAUUUCUUGAAUGUAUGAUCUGCUAAUUUAAUAGCUGCCCUUUCAAAGUAACUGACUUAGCAAGCUGAGGAAAGAUCAUUUCUAACUUCAAACAGUUACUUCUCCUUUCUUAAAGAAGCCUUACAGCAUAUGCAUAAUAGGCCUAAAUUUUGAUUUAUCUUUACCUGUGCCCUCUGAUACAUGCUAUUAUGGUAACAAUGCCGAAGUAUGAAUCAUUGAGGUUUAUUUGUAAGUGAAUGGAUGUUUUGCUCAAGGACUGUUAAGACUGCAUAACUUCAUCACCUCUUACACUCCUGGCUUUCUUUUCCGUUCUGAAGUUAUCUAAAAUGCCAUCAAAUGUACGAUCACUAUAACUAAAAACAUCAAAUGCAUGACAACCAGUCUCAUUGUAGAGCCUUCUAAACUGCUGGGGACUUCUAAUAAUCACGAAUACUUCUUAGCUAAAAUCAUGUUCAAAAUUAUGAGCUCGGAAAUUUAACAACGGAAAAUCCAGAAUGGAAUAAUGACAAUAUUUUCAAAAAGUUAGACUGCUACUCACCAUAUAGUGGAGAUGCUGAGUCACAGGUAGGCACAACAAAAAGACUGUCAAACAAAAGCUUUUGGGCAAGAAGGCCUUUAUUGACAUUAGACAACACACAUGUGCACACUCAAGCACAGUCACACAGAGGCCAGACUCUGCAGCCAGAGACUUUGGUCAUGAGUAUGAGAGUUGCUUUUGCAUGAGUGUGUUUGUGGGUACUUUGUUUAAAUCUGAUGAAGGCCUUUUUGUUUGACAGUCCUUUUGUUGUGCCUGUGUGUGACUAAGCAUCUCCGCUAUAUGGUGGGUAGAAAUCCAUCCUUUUCAUAAUAAGGUCAGAAAUUAUUAUAUAGUUUGCACACUCUUAGAAAGUAAGUAUGUUGUUUGAGCUGAAAUAGUGAAGUGUUACCAGUAUGAAAUUGAAACCUUUUUUAACUUUGAUCAGCAGAGGAAAUAGCAAACUGCAUGGUAAAAGUAAUUAAUUCAUUUUUCAAAGUAGCACAUUGGUAUAUAAAUAUCAAAUUCCAUAGCACAAAUUUCAGUCCAGGCAAAUUCCACAACUCUGCGUAAUAUCGUCAUCUAGAGUGUUAUCAAAUUGCCUUUGCUUGACAUCUGGUUCUACACUGUAGCUUAUGGACCAAAGGCCAAAGAUGUCCAUGAAAAUGAACUGAAAUGAUCGUAUGGCAUUGUUGGCCGGGAGGCCCCAUGCAGGGAAGUUCGUCCACCGUAUUGCAAGUCCUUUUUAGUUGACGCCACUUUGGUGAGUUGCACAUCAAUGAUGAUGAAAUGAUGAUGAAGAACACACAACACCCAGUCAUCACGAGGCAGAGAAAAUCCCUGAACCCGCUGGGAAUCGAACACAGGACACCAUGCGCGAGAAGCGAGAACACUACCGCAAGACAACAAGCUGUGGACAGGGAUGUCCAUAGUCAGUUAUAACAUAUCACUGUUUGUAUAAUGGCAAGGAUUAUUGAUGAAGUAACUCGAUUGUAGCUUGCUCUGUGUACCGAAGUAGUUUUGGAAUAAGUAAUGUUAACGUAAGUUUAUUUUUGUUGGCUUGAGUUCAAUAGUGUUAGAUGUUUCAUACCAUCUCAUUAUUAUCUAAACUGUCUUAAACAUAUUUAUUGUUUUCUCAACUCACUUGAAGUACACUGUCAGAAUGCAGCAGAGUGGUGGUCCAUUAAUCGUCUAUCUGCAGAUUGUCAUCAUCUUUUGGCCUAAAAAUAUGCAGUGUGUUGGUGUACAGAAAUAAAAUACUCAAUUUCCUGAAACAGUGGCUGUUUUUAUGGCAUAUUGCUUAUUGUUUUCAUCUGAUUAGACCCUUUAUUUUGUUAGGUACAUUCUCCUAGUAAAUUACAGAUGAACUAAUGUUUAUUAAGGUCAGUCACAAACAAUGGCUAAACCAUAAGAAGCUGCUGGUGCUUUGUUUGCAGUGCUGUUUAUGGUGAUGAGUACAUACUGUAUUGAUAAGUUUAACUCAGUGUAGGAAUAGCAUAUCAAACUUCAAGGUUCAGUAGUAGAACAAUGGUAUCAGAGAAAUUGAUGAAAUUCUGUAACAUCGUGUGCGUUUAUCUCCAACAUUAGCAGGUUUGCUUCUCUUUCUCACUGCCUCUCUCUCCUUCCCUUUGCCACUGCCCCUUCUUUAUGCUCUCCCUACUUCCUUUUCAUGCAGUUAAUUAGCUAUUUCCAUAUGGUUUUUGUUUCUUUCAUCCAUUCUUUCAGUGUAUUUUCAAUAUUGCGUUCUGGAGUCAGAGUCACAUUGCUGUCCUUGCUGACUAGCUUAUCAGGCUGUGCCUCUCUCUUUAGCCUUCAGUAUCCUGUUUAUGUUUGACCAUUCAGUAUUUAAAUGCUUUGAACUGCAAUGAACUGAGAUUGAUUUACAUAUAUAUAACACAUUAUUUCAGAAGGAGGGUAGUCAUAAUAAAGCUCUUAUUUUGGUUAAAAUUAGUUCAUCACCUGUAGAUUGACAUAGAAUGACUUAUUUACCUUCAUUUUCCAAGCUACUUGCCAAAUAAGGAAAAUAAUUUCCAUAUUUUUUUAUUUUUUUUUUUUAGCAUAUUAAUUUCUUGCUAGGUAGUUCCUGAUAUCUUGUAAGUAUAAGACAGAUCAAAUGCAACAACUCACAUAGGUUCUUAAUUGUAAUACUCACAGAUUGUGGAUGACAUCCUCAUUAUAAAUUUUGCAAAUAUUGUGAUAGAAUUAUCAUUGUUAUGAAAGCAGUUUAUAUGGAUGUAUGCUCAAAGGUGAAUACAUGGAGAUUCUAAAAUUAUGAAAAUGUUUCAAUUGGUUUAUUAAGAGUUAGCAGUGGAACUGGUGCAAUAUUGUUGUGUACUCAUGUAUAACUCAGGGUAGAAUUUUGAUACAGCAAUACUCAUUACUAUAGGUGUAAUUUUUUAUUUGUCCAUGCAUGUGAUGUAUGUAUAUGUACUGUUCCCUAUUUGUGUUCCAUAAAUGUUGUCAACUGUAAAUAUGCUGGAAACUUUUUCAACUCUCAGAAUCAACUGUAUGUAUCCCCAAUAAACUCUAGUAUUUUGUAUGUUCAGCCAUGUAUUUAUUACUGUUGUUAUUAUUUAUGUAUAUUUUUUACUUUAUUGUACACUUUGUAUAUAGUCAUAGGCGAAGAGCUAAAAAAUAUAUCCAUUUAAAAUGGA